UCUAUCCCGGCAUGCUGUGCGGCCCGAUGGCCGGCAUGGAGCGCGCGGCGGUGCUGCGCGUGAAGCGGAAGCGCGGCGGGUCGGAGCCGGCCGAGGCCCUGGUGAUCGCCUGCAAGCGGCAGCGCAGCGAGCCGGGCCCCGCGCCCCCCCGCGACCCGGUGGAGAAGAACCUCUUCAAGCUGGUGGCCACCGUGCCCUCGCAGAAUGAGCCUGUUCAGAAGUAUGUACAAGAAGCUAUUACUCGAGAUAAAGCAGCAGAGAUUCUGCGACCCUCUUUAGGAAGCACUCAAAGAAUAAUUCAGGACCUUCGCUCCUCCAAGCAGGUGAAGAGGCAGGAAAACCGGUACCACAUCAUAACCAGCCAUCGGCCAAACUGUGCUGAAAGAGAAACAAUUGUGCUUGACACAAAUGGCGGGGAGACAAAUGAGGGUGCCGAACUGGACCCUGAAGCAAAAAAAGACACUUCACAACAAGGAAGCACUGCUACUUAUGAUAGUUCAAGUUAUUUUGGGGAAUUCCAGUUGUUUGAUGUAGUACAAGAGGAGGAAGUAGAGAGAGACCCCAAUAUCACUGCAGUAGACACACAGAAAACUGAUGAUCCAGAUGUGAUUCUUUGCAAUGCAGUAGAAAUGAUCCGUGAGCGUUUAACUGUAUCUGAGAAUGAUAAAGGAUUAGAACACCAUGGGAAGGAAGAUGAUUAUGUUUAUGAUAUUUACUACAUGGAAACAUCGACUCCUGGCUGGAUCCAGAACAUCCUCUCUGUGCAGCCGUACACACAGGAAUAUGAACUGGUAGAUGAUGAUCAUAUUUCUGAAGAAAUAUAUGAUGAUGAAGAUGAUGAGAACAAUGAGAAUAAUUGGCGUAAUGACUAUCCUGAUGAAGAUGAGUUCCUUCCUGAGGAAGAUGAAGACAGAGAAGGAAAAGAUAGAGAAUCUGAUGGGAGCUUCAGUGAUGAAGAUGGCAGGGGUAUCAGAAGCAGAACAUGGGUCAAAUACCACUGUGAUAUUCUGCAGGAGUUUGAAUAUGAUGGGGUCCAGGACUUAGAUUCUGAUUAACACUAAAUAAUCUGAAUACUAGCAUACUGCCAGCAAAGUGUUCUUGACCUCCCUCCAAAAGUCCAGAAAAUUAUUGCUGCUUUUGGUAGCUCUUUAUGGAAAUGUUAAGGUGAGACCUCAAAGAAUGGAAAAGCAUUUCCUUCUGGUAAAACAAAUAGCUUCCCACUGUUGUACAAAAUGCCACAUUUUAAAAGGAAGCGGUCCUUGUCCAUCUGUUUGAUCUGUAGAAUUGAUACAGUAUUUGAUUAUAUACAUUAAGCCUGAAGUGGCCAUUUCCUACCCUGAGCCAUUGGGAAAGUAGAAGUCUGUAAAAAUUGAACUUUCUGGCAUGAAGUUCACUUAAGAAAUAACUUAAAAUCCAGGAAGCAUCUGCAAUUUCAGGUUGGUAGUAUUUAACUCCAUGAGUGAGUGUUAAGUAAAGCAAGUCAUUCAUAAUGUGACUUUUUAUCCAGGAGCAAACUUGUUUGAGUGAAAGCUUCAUUUUCUAAUUUGAGUAUUACAAAUGAGGGCAAGUAGAGAAGCAAUCUUGGCUUUAAGAAAAAGAGCUGCAUUACUAUCCUAUGAGCCGCUUUCUCUGUAUACAUGAAAAGAAUGGUCAGUCUCUAGACAUGUCCUAGGGCUUUUUGGCUGGACACCUUUUCCUUUGUAUCCCUGAAAUAGAGUAAUGUAAAGUAUUUAUGCACUUAAAUUUGUAAAUAAAAAUUUGUUUAAUUA